GACAGUCUUCCACUUAAUAGGAAACUAGUGAAUGCGUUAUUUAACACUCAUCCUUGCUGGAGAUGCACAUCGGAGCAAUUGAGAUUUUUACAGGGUGGACACUUUUAAUAUUUUACUAUAAAGGAUGACACAAUACACUAAGACAUGACGGUACCUCCCUUAACAGUAUAUUGUAUUUCCACAAACCACAACUACGGUAUAUAUUCCUUCAUCGUGCAUGAUAAUUCCUUUUCUUCUGUUUCAUGCACAUAUCCUCUGGACUUUAUUGUUUUGAUGCAAUGGAACUGUGAUUGUGUGCAAGGAGACACUGAAUGCAUCGUGUACAGAACACAAGCAAUCCCCUUUUCCAAGAAAAACAAGUCUUAUCUUUUUUUUGUUUUGUUCCUGUUUUAAUUAUUCAGGGGAACAUUUCUCUGUAGGCGUCUUCAUUAUCAGCUACUGAUAAUUCCGAGACGUGACGAUCAGUCUUGUUCAUUUCAAUGUCCUUGUACUACAUGAUGUAAGGCAACGGGAAAUAAUCUGUAUUUUUUUAAAAACAUCAUUUGAAUAAUGAUUUCUGAUAAAUUCAUUAACUUAUUUGGUUUUCUGUGAGGGGAUGCCCCUUAAUGAUGGUGUAUUUAAUGCAAUUUAUAUAUCUAUAAAAAAGUAGUGAUGGCAAAACAGACCAUUUGAAUGUUUUAUUGGAAACAAAAAUGAUAUGAAAUACCCAAGAAAAUUAAUGGAAUGAUUUACGUUUACGGUUUUUUUUUAAAUAAUGUUUUAAACGUGUCAAAAACGGAACUCCUAAAAAAAACAAAAAAAAGGUGAUGACAUCACGUUCCACCCCCCUUCCCAAGACCAGCAGGCAGGCGGGUCUUGUCCUUCCUUGCGGAGCUCUGUGGAGUAGACACACAGCCGAAUACGUCCGUGGAACAACUCCCUGCGUCAUGUCACCGUGGAUUCUAUUUGUAUUUAACAUUUGCGCCGUGCUGCAUGUCAACGCCUUUCUAGCGACCACCCCGUCCACCAAUGCACAGAUGCUCUACAGGUGCUGCGAGAAUGGCAAGCAAAAAGCCCUGAGCAUACAAAUCUGCACAGACCUCCCUCACAUCGCCAACUCCCACAUGUGCAGAAUCGCCCAAGAGCAGUGUUGUGUGGGUGUCCUGGAACAGCAACAAUGUUAUAAGGGCACCUCUAUGGCCCGCCAGCAGUGGGCCUGUGAGCACUACUUCUUUCAAGGGGAUUCCUGGCAAACUCAAAUCUCCAAGAUGUGCUGUGACUGUUGCAUGUUUGGCAUAUUGUCAGCGCGCCACGAUCCCGGCUGCGGGAUGCCUUACAUUUCGAUGGGGAAACAGUGCAGAGACGCUGCCAAAAGCUGCUGUGCCAAUAACGCCACAGAAGAAAUAUCUCCAACUGCAGAAGUGCCAGUGAAUAUUACCACUCCGCUUCCAAUGGGCGCCAGCAACUGCACAGUUCCAGUCUCCAAUUGCUCUCAGGAUUGUAGUGACAGUGUGACGUGCGUGUGCCGGGCCGGUUAUCGACUACAAUAUGAUGGCGUCACUUGCAAGGAUAUCAACGAGUGCUUGAUGGACAUGCACAAUUGUGUCUUGGGCCAAGUGUGUAUCAACACAGAGGGCUCGUUCCGUUGCCAAAGGGAAACCAGCUGUGGCACCGGCUACGAGCUCACCGACAGCAACGACUGCAAAGAUAUCGACGAAUGCGCUUUGGCGACGCACAACUGCGGAUCGGAAUUUGAGUGCGCCAACACUCAAGGUUCCUUCCGCUGCCACCCGAGGGAGAAGUGUCCUGCCGGGUUUAUUCAAGAUGCGGUCGGCAACUGUAUCGACAUUGACGAGUGCAUGGUGCUCGUGAAUCCCUGCCAUCCUGGGCACACGUGCGUCAACACACCUGGUUCUCACAGGUGUCACAGGACCACGGUGACGUGCGGACGAGGAUACCACCUGAGCGCAGAUGGCACGCACUGUGAAGAUGUGGACGAGUGUCAGACGGGCAGCGUGUGCAGCGACCACAGCUGUACCAACAUGAUGGGCACCUAUCGCUGUCACUGCAGGGGCGGCUUUAUGUUCAACAGCGUCAGCAGGCAGUGCGAAGAUAUCAACGAGUGUAGGCAUUAUCCCGGGCGACUGUGCGCUCACAACUGUGACAACACAGAGGGGUCCUACCAGUGCAGCUGCUCCAAUGGUUUCCAACUAACCCACGAUGGCAGCAGUUGUGAUGACAUAAACGAGUGUGUGAACAGCCCGUGCAGCCAGGAGUGCGCCAACGUCUACGGCUCCUACCAGUGCUACUGUCGCCGUGGUUACCAGCUGAGCGACAUUGAUGGGAAUACAUGCGAAGAUAUCGACGAGUGUGCACUGCCCACUGGUGACCAAGUGUGCUCCUACCACUGCUCCAAUGUCCCCGGAAGCUUCUACUGCACCUGCCCACCCACAGGAUACACUCUUGCAACGAAUGGGCACACAUGCCAAGAUAUCGAUGAGUGUGCGGCAAGGAUUCACACCUGCUCUGCCUCGCAGACCUGUUACAACAUCCACGGAGCAUACCGUUGCUUGUCGUUUGUGUGUCCCUCCUACUACCAGCAAGCGACACAUGGAGCCAGAAACCCGGCCAGCAUGCGUUGCGUCAAAAGCUGCCCGUUCAACGAUGACGUCUGCACGCGAGACCCCGUCCGCCUCAUCACCUACUCCAUCUUCAGCUUGCCCACCUACAGACACCUGAGUCAGCCAGAAGAUGUCAUUUUCCUACGGACGACGUCGUCCACCUCCAACACGGGCGGUUACGUGGUCUUUGACAUCCUGAAGACCGACGACCAGCACUCCUUUGACGUGGUCAGGCGCUCCCAUCAGGGUUUUAUAAUGGUGCGUAAUAAUCUGUGA